UCCUCCCACAGCAGUUCCUCUCCUCUCUCGUCCGGAGAGGAGCUCAUUAACUUAGUCCCGCCGAAAGUGGUGUGAAUUUUACCAAGUGACUCGUGAAACUGUAGCAUUAGUCGCAUGAGUAAGGGCUGUAGGACACUUCGCACAGCUCCCACCUUGGGCUCUGAGCCUCCACCAUCGUGUAACGCUGCCUGUCAAGUAUAUUGGAGUUUCAAGCAUGAGCCACCUACCUAACUCGAGUGACAGAAACUGUAGUUCGCAAAAUGCUAGUCCACUUGCACCCCGAUCUGUCCUCGUGGAACGAGUCUCUGCCCCUAGUGUGCCAGAGCAAGGCCCGAGAGCCAUGGAACCUUCGCAUAACGGUUUUGUGAAUAACCUGAGUGCUCGCACCUCCAGAGUGUUACCUGAGGCACAUGUAUAUACCCCCACCGCCUGUGACUCGACCGCCCUGGACUUGGAUCUUGGAUCGAACUUCGUGUGGGCUGAUGACGACUUGGUCAAUGAAGACUUUGACGCCCUCCUCGACGCAGCGUUGCAUCUUCCUCCCCAGUGACAUGGGUUGAGGGGACGGCGGAAGAGCGAGGGACUGAGAGGGAUCGACCCCAGCCCCCCCUCCCCCCCUCACACUAAUGGUCACCCUCAGUCCCUCACUCGCAGGCUUGGAUACCGGAUUCUCGACCCCCCCCCCCCCCAAGCAGCAGUGUCAAAAUAAAAGACUCACGCAUUGACUUGUACCGAGUGCGGUGCUGGCCAAGGUCUAUACUGGAGCCUGACCGUGCUUCUGCUUCUCAGCGUAACCUGCAUGCGCCUGCUUCACGAAAGUUCAACGAUUAACCUGAUCCGCGAGGCAUUGUUUUUCUAGCUCAAGUGAUAACUCUGUGCAAUGUGCAGAUGAGUGAACGCGUCAAGAUGUCUGACUCGGACUUUAACAAAGUCGUGAAUGUGAUGUAAAUUUGUAUGUGUAGCGGGAUGCCAUGAAAUGUGUACGCGAAUAAAGAUAAAUUUUGUAUGUUUGUAUAAAAAAAAGAUAAUCUAUGUUUGUAAAUCUAUAUAUUUAUGAAGACAACUGUAAGAGGUUGGGAUAUCAAAUAUCCUUAUUAAUAAAAUUAUAUAAAAAACUA